UGACUUCAGGUGAUGCACCUGCCUUGGCCUCCCAAAGUGCUGGGAUUACAGAUGUGAGCAACUGUGCCUGGCCUCAGGUUAAUUUUUGAACCCUCAACCAUUUCUGUUGAAAGAAGCUGCUUUUUAUUUUUUUUUAAGGAAUGUGGCUUGUUUUUCAUUACAUCUCUGUUAUCAGAGCAAAGAGAAAGCAGUGUACUGGACAGUAACUUAGUGGAAAAGAGGCUGUGGCUGCUGAUUUUGAAACAUUAUCCAGGAUGGAGCCAAAGAAAACAGUCACUUCCUCCAGUGACAGCCCAUGAGUUUGACCCGCCCCCUCCCACCCCUUUUCCUUGAAGAGGUAAAUUUUAGUCCAGGAAAACAGAAUACGUUAGGGCUAUUUAAAAAAAUGCUUUGAAAUUCCUUCUUCUGCCCUAAUUCCUUAGCACCAGUAAGAUACUAGUUUCUUACCUCUUCUUUCCUAGGGUUUCUUGACUCUUAUUUCUUGCUAAUUUGCAGCAACAGUGGGUUGAAAGAGCCCUGAGAAUGGUAACAGAGGGGCACAGAUACAGGGGCCUGAGCCAUAUCUGUGCCCCCCUGUAACCAUUGUUUCUCUGGGCAGGGCUCAUCUGAACUUGAACCCCAGACCUCACAAGAGGCUUCUAUUGCUGGUUGCUGGAAAUGGUGAUAAAAUCCUGCGAGGGAAGGGGCAGUGCAGAGAAGGAGACUUGGCUUUGGGUAUGGCUGGAGUGUGACACACUGACUUCUUUUCCUGAAAGUGGCUCAGGGUUUGCCGGGACUGUAUUUCACAUAAGACUUUGGUUUCCUCGGGCAUUGCAUCAAGGAGGCCAGAGUAUUAUUUAUUAUUGCUUGGUUUUCUUGCUUAACACACAAGACUUAAGGAUCUCCCAACUGUGACGCAUGGUCUCGAUGUGGCUUCAAAUACCGUCCAAUUGAUCUUGUGGUUUCCAUCGAGGGUUUGAAAUCCCUUGUCACCCACCAGGCAGGCAGUGGUGUGAAUACCUGUGAUUUCCCACCUCUCUGGGUGUGGUUCUGGAGUGCCGUAGGGAGGUUAGGACAGGCUGGGGCGGACCGCCAGCACAAAUAGAACCUAGUCAUUCCUGCGUCUCUCUGUAAGGUUCCAGAUUCAUGAGCCAGGCUCAGCUUGUGCUGGGUUACUGUAAACCAGGAUGAGAGCGCCACGGCCAGAGAGCCACGGUUCAGUCUUGCACUGGUCAUGUGAAAAUCACACACCCACAGCCUUGCCUUAGGCUUUGGAGGACCCCUUCAUGCUGCUGCUUGUACCGUGUAGCUAAGAGGCACGAGGGACGACUAGCUCCUAUGGUUACUUGACUCAGCGGUCACCAGGUUCAGGACUUUGUGAAGGGUUUUUGGCCAGGAUAGGUAUGCUUGUGAGACUGACAUCAGCCCUGCCCACGGGGAAUUUAGAGUGGGGUGGUGGCAGGGAGUCUGUGAUCAGUCAGGGAACAAGACUAGCUAAAACACAGUUCUGCACAAAAUAUUGUGGGCAGUUUGGCUAAAACAGGGGUUCUAAACUAGGGACAGUUUUGCCCUUCCCCCGUAGAGGACAUUUGGCAGUGUUCGGACAUUGUUAGCUGUCACAGUGAGGGGAGUGGGAAGUUGCUACUGGCAUACCUAGUUAACAGAGGCGAGGGAUGUUGCUAAACAUCCUACAAUGUACAGUUCAGUCUUGUACAACAAAUAAUUACCUGAUUCCAAAUGUCGGUAGAGCUAAGGUGGAGAAACCUUGGGAUAGAAAUCACAGACUCAUAGUAGUCCAUUUUGCUUGGGAAGCAGGAGUCACAGGGCUGAGGGAAGAAGUACCAUAUUGUUUUAAUAAAGGGGAAAUGGGUAGACCUUUCCUGCUGCUUUCUAAGCAAUGUGUGUUCAUUAUCUGCCCAGAAAUUUAGAAUUUUGACAUUGGUUGUCCCACUAAUCACCAGGUACUCUGUCUUAUCAAUGACAGGUACAGAGUCAUUUUUUGUGGGCCAGUAGAUAUGACCAAGCCCAUCUGAAAUAUGGAUAUGACCAAGCCCAUGUGAAAAGUCAGAUGGAACUGACGUUUCAUCUCUUACUCAAAUAACCUGGAUUACCACCCCCGAGGAGGACAGGAUCUCAGUAGUACCCAAAUGACUUUAUACAUACAACUUAAAGAACAAUUAGGCAUAGUUAUUUUAGUAGUAGCCCAUAUUUGAAGCCAGGUACCUAUUGCUGUGGGUAUAAGAAAUUAGCUGGAUAUGGUGCUGUGCACCUAAGGUCCCAGCUACUUGGGAGGCUGAGGCGGAAUGUUUAUUGUAAUCUAUCAUUAGUAACAUACUGACGUCCACCCGGUCCCCGUUUUCUAAAUCACCGAAGUCUAUUUUAAUCUUCAAGUCCAAGCUCUUAGAGUUCUAAAAGUUCUUGUUUCUUUAAAGUUUUUCUGUCUUUUGGAGACACAGCCUCUGGAUUCUGAAGAUCCUUUUAUCCUGUGCCUGUUUGCAGUGAGACCCUUGUAAAUGUGACUCCUUGUCAGAGUUAGAAGUAAACAGUUCCCUUGAGCAGUGCUGAACUUUUUGCUGGCAAUACAUCUCUGGUGCUGGUCCCAAGACAGACAACCACACAAGGAUAAGGAAGCCUGUGUGGGUACCAACAAUCAAAGCUACAUCUGUGACACAGGACACUGCUGUGGACAGUCUCAGUGCUGCAACUACUACUAUGAACUCUGGUUUCUUUCCCCGUCAUGUGUGGUUCUGGCUGGUGUGGACCAUCAUCAUCAUCCUGAGCUGCUGCUGUGUCUGCCACCACCGCCGAGCCAAGCACCGCCUUCAGGCCCAGCAGCGGCAACAUGAAAUCAACCUGAUCGCCUACCGAGAAGCCCACAAUUACUCAGCGCUGCCAUUUUAUUUCAGGUUUUUGCCAAACUAUUUACUACCUCCUUAUGAGGAAGUGGUGAACCGACCUCCAACUCCUCCCCCACCAUACAGUGCCUUCCAGCUACAGCAGCAGCAGCUGCUGCCUCCACAGUGUGGCCCUGCAGGUGGCAGUCCCCCGGGCGUCGAUCCCACCAGGGGAUCCCAGGGGGCACAGAGCAGCCCCUUGUCUGGGCCCAGCAGAAGCAGCACAAGACCCCCAAGCAUCGCUGACCCUGAGCCCUCUGACCUACCAGUUGACCGAGCAGCCACCAAAGCCCCAGGGAUGGAGCCCAGUGGCUCUGUGGCCGGCCUGGGGGAACUGGACCCAGGGGCCUUCCUGGACAAGGAUGCAGAAUGUAGGGAGGAGCUGCUGAAAGAUGACAGCUCUGAACACGGCGCACCCGACAGCAAAGAGAAGACGCCGGGGAGACAUCGCCGCUUCACAGGUGACUCGGGCAUUGAAGUGUGUGUGUGCAACCGAGGCCACCAUGACGAUGACCUCAAAGAGUUCAACACGCUCAUCGAUGAUGCUCUGGAUGGGCCCCUGGACUUCUGCGACAGCUGCCAUGUGCGGCCCCCUGGUGACGAGGAGGAAGGCCUCUGCCAGCCCUCCGAGGAGCAGGCUCGAGAGCCUGGGCACCCACACCUGCCACGGCCACCCGCAUGCCUGCUGCUGAACACCAUCAACGAGCAGGACUCUCCCAACUCCCAGAGCAGCAGCUCCCCCAGCUAGAGCAGGCCCUGCCAGCACCCACAACUUGGCAAAGCAACCAGGGUAGGGGAGAACCACGAGAGAAGCAUUAAGUGACUUUCAAAGACUUUCAGAGUACAUCCACUUGGUUCCUUUUUAUUUGUUUUCCUCCUUCUCUCCUGCAUUUUCCUCCAUCUCCAGGUACAGUUUGGGGUGUGGAUGCCUCUCCUUCCACAAGGGCACAGUGUUGUGGAGGGCUAAGUUGGUUCUGUGACUCAUUCCUCAUACUCCAACUCCAUCUCCUUUCUUUAAAGUCAAAUCUCACCUACCUGUUUGGAUCAGAGAGAUGUGGUUUAAAAGCCCCCAAGGAAAGAGGCUGGGACUGUGCCCUGACAUGAUUCUUGGUGAUGGAUUAGGUUUGUGCUCUGAUUCUAGUUUAAGAGAACGUUGCCGUGUCUCAGUCCAGGAGAGGCAGCCCAUCUUGGCCCUGGAUGAAAAAGGAAGCCCACAGAGGCCCAGGGCUUGUCACUGUGGCUGCCAGUGUCUGCCGAGCCAGCACUGAGCUAAUCCUGUGGGAGGAUGAGAGCUGCUGGGCCAUUGUAUGAUAGGUUGGUAGGGGCUUGUUGAUCUGUCAAAUUCCAGGUGACAAGAUCGAUGCACCCCAUGUGCCCUUGAGGUGCCUCUUCCCCGGGCUCUGGCUGGCUGCAGGCUGGUUCUGGUGUGAAAGAUGAUACUGCCUUUUCUUCGUUUGUUUGUUUCCUCUAAAAACAAACAACAAAAGACAGCUGAAAACAAGAACUUCACCGGUGGGCAGACAAGAAUUCUCUUCUGGAAACUGACGUUUGUGGCUCUUUCCCAAGUUGGCUUUCAAAGAGCCUGGCUGCCGUUGAGCCAGAAGAUGUCUUGUGUGAAGGCUGGGGUGGAAGCUGUCUUGGAACCUCUGCGAGCCGGGGGCCCUAAGCCGCAGCAGUGAAUAGAGGCGCAGCGCUCGGCCUCUCUGCCCUUUGGUCUGUGUUCACAGGUGACCCGUGUCAGCCUGUGUUGCCAGCACACGCCCUGCGGGCCUUCACGUCUCACUGUUCCAUAUGAGGAAACAGACAGCGGACUGAGGAAGCCAUGGCCCCUGAGAAAGGGCCCCUGUGGCCUGGCUCUCACACAGAAUUUUGUCUUUGAUUCUGAAGAAAUAUUUUUUGUGGGCUUUUUUUUUUUUUUUUUUUUUUUUUUUUUUUUGGUGGCGGUUGUUGUUUGUUUUAAACUGACCACUUGGAAGAAAUACCUUGGUUAUCUGUGGUUUUCAUGCCUUGUCCCUGCCUCUGCCCCCACCCCUUUUGAGUCGGGUGACUCAUUUUUCUGUGUAGAGACUCGGUGGCGGUGGCCCAGGCAGGAGGUGGAAGCAGCCGUCCGGAAGGCCCUGGGGACGCUUGUGCCUGUUGCUCAGCUUCAGGUCACCGGCUGAGCUGUGACAGGAAAAUCCGAAUGGAGGCAGCAAACAGCCAAAACAAACAUUCCCCGCCCGGCCCUGUGCAUAUGAAGAGUCUGUUUCUUCCCCCAACUCUUGAACGAUGAUGAUAUUCAGACGAAGCAUUGAUGUUAUGGAAGAAAGAAAGAAAAAGAAAAAAAAUAUAUAUAUAUGUGUAUGUCCAAAAACAGACAAAUCCAAGGCUGUGAGGUAAACAAAUGUCUGCAUUUGGAUUCCACAAAACCAAAAUCCAUGUUGAACAAAGUGAAGUCCGUACACAGUGACUUUUUGGGUGAGCCGUGUGUGUCUGUCCAUUGUGUGUGAGCCUCAAGCCCUGUUUUCCUGUGAAGAUACUUUGAGUGGCAGCCAUUCUCCCCACGUGAACCACACGUCUGGAGCACAGACAGCCCUCUCAAGGUCAUUGAUCUUACGCAUUUACUGUUUACCGAACAAAUGUCUGACUGUGUACUCGGGAGUACUCCGCAGCAUUGUCGACUGCAGUCCCCUGUGUUUGCCAGAUACUGUGCUUGAAGUAGAGGUUUUACUCUACUCAUCACUGCGAUUUGCACAUUGCUCCGUGGACACUCGGAGGCCUGUGUUAUGUUCCCUGUAAAUGAAAGCGUGCUCUGAGCCUGUCUGCCUCCCUCGGCUGCUGCUGGUCCUCGGUAUCAGCCCCCAGGGGUGUCCACAACCACUUGGGACAGAAGAAGGUGGAAUUUCAGACAGAAGCUUGAUUGGGUCUUCAAUGACAGGCUUGGACUAGCUGUGGCCCAGACAUCGGCCCUGCCCAGAAUUGCCAGGAGGAGGCUUUGCAGGCUGUAGCGGGGCCACAGGGCCUGCCUCCCUCUGGUGAGUCCAACAGUCGCAAGCAAGCUAGCAUGUGGCCAGAGGCGGCCAGAGUGUGUCACAGCUCUCAGAUGCCUUUCCUUCCACCUUUUUUUUUUUUUUUUUUUUUUUUUAAGAAUCCCCAAAUAACUCACUGAAGGGUCUCAAAGGCGAACAAGUUUUACCAAAAUGAAUCCUUUUUCAGUUAACAGAUCAAAUGGAUGAGUUCUGACCCUCUCAAGUUCCUUUCCCCAGUUAGAGUGGGCAACUGGGCAAGUGUUAACUGUGGGACUCACUGCAGCGUCCUACCCUAAAGGCACGAGAAGACAGAAAUGCAACCUGCGGAGCUGGGCUUGGAUCCCAAGUCACAGUUUGGCCCCUGCUACAGGAGGCUGCCCUGCUCAGAGAGAGAUUUAAUAGGGAGCUGAAGGAAUCCUUCGGGGGCCAGGGAGAUGUGACUGAGACUGGUUUUCCACGUGAAUGAGACGGGGUUGGUGGAGGGUUUGGUGCUACAGCCAGUCGGAAGAUUUGCAAAUGCGAACACAUUCCUGUGUGAGGCACGUUACCCUUUGUCAGUUAUUGUGAAUAUGUGUAUUUUAAGCAAUAAGAUUCAGCUGGUCAGACUUUUCUGGGCAGUCUCGGUGACGCAUUUCCUGUGCUGUGAUUGUUCUGAAGACAGAGUGGCUCUAACCACUGUGAGAAGCCCGAAUAAAAAUUGAUCUCAAAAAUGCUA